UAAAAACCUGGCUUCUCUGGAAUGUGACCUUUACUGAGCCUGGAGAUCGCUAGUGCACUCGGUCCAAUCGCUCCCGGGCCACACAGGGAGGCGCUGAAUUUGAAAGUCAACGGGUUGUUAAAAACAAACCCCAGCCGUGCAGCAGUUCACCAUCUUCAUAGGCACUGCAUCAUGCAAUCCAUGCACGUUCCCGCAUAGCAAGUUUCCUAUGGCUCGAUCAGGAAGACUUAACAGGUUCGGUGGCAUUGUUUAGUUUGGAAUAGAAAUUGGUUGACAUCAAGUAGGCACAACCAUGUCAUUCCUUUGCCCAAGCGUGGGUCUGCUACAGUUGAAGCUCAGGAGGUUCACAAGAACAGGCCUUGCCACUUCAAGGUCUAGAGGCCUUCGUUCUAACAUCCGAAAUCGGGGCACCUCCGUCGCCUUCGAGAGAGCAGACAGUGACGUCUCCAUUGCGUCACAGGGGGGUUUCAGCGCCCUCUACGGUGAAAUUAAUUCAGUCCGUCCAAACGAGGAACGAGACGACACCUCAGAGCGCUGUAGAGCAAAUUGCGAGGAACGAUUCGGUGGGAUUUAUAUCGGUGAAGAUUCUGGUAAACCUCAGAAAACAGGAAGCAACACCUCAAGUUGCCAACACGCUCCAGACGUAGAAUAUUUUGCUCAAAAUCCCGCCACUGUCCAGUCCUUUACUUUUUUUGAGGAGACAUUUAUGUCAUCUCAGCAUCAGCAUCAGUGUCUUGACAAACUGAUGGUUGAUGAGAUGACAAACGAAGGCGCACAUUUUGAACAACGAACCCCACUCCUGUCGAAUUCCUCCCUUCCUUCCUCGUCAAGCAAGGCCAAGAGGGCGCCUUAUAACUUGCCUAACUGGGUCCGACAGCGGCGUUGCCUACCACGGCUGGACGAGGUCGAUUUCGAUAUGAUCGAUGCGAUCAGUCUUGGAAGCUUGAGUAUCUCCCCGUCUGAGAUCGACACUCAAGAUGAGAAUAACAACACAGCUAUUGUCACGACAGGACUAGAGAAUGGGUCAAAGGUCAAUUCUAGUCGUGCAAAGAGAACUUACAGUGAAGACUCGAGUGAUGGUGUUUUUCAAAUUCAGAAUCCUUGUGAAAGCCAUCAGACAGGAAAGUUUCCACGCGGUGGUGUAGGAGACCGUUCCACGUACUCGCCAAAGAAGACAAAAACUUCGAUGUCAACAGAUAAAUUGGCUUUCCAACAAAAACCCAUUCAGGAAAAUGUACCUUUUAAUCCACCAUCGAAACUCAGACCUGCAAAGACAGUAAGAAAGUCACCCAGUACGGAGAGCCUGCGCAGACGUUUAAAGAAAAGAGAGUCGCUUCUUCGACCAAAGCAGCUGAACAGUAACCUUAGCAACGCUAGGACAAAGACGUCCUUGAAGUCAAAUAAAAAAACUCUUGACGAAAGUAAUGGGGCAGUUGACCCAAAGGGCACUACUCAAGUGGGAAGUCUGGUUCGAUCCAAGCCUUUGUACAUGCGGGCAACGUCGGAGCGCGCACUGGAUCCAUGUGCAAUGAAGUUGCGGCUUGAAUCUUCAAUGGCCAGAAAAUGGCGCCAAAACGGGGACAGGUCACCCCUUAGCGAGGUCACCAACGUCAGCCAGCCGCAGGCAUCUAUAUGCAUGCGGAUGGAGAUCGUACAACGACCAGUAAUGCGGGACGAGAACCACCGUAAUAAAGGCGCAAGAAAGAUACUGGAGCCCCCUCAGGGUUCAGGGAAACUGCCAGCGGGGAAGCUGAGGCCGACACCUCAGCGGUCCAAGUCGGCUUACUCCAAGGAUCUCACCGAAACCAACAAGUCUUUUCCUCGUAGAUCAACAGAAGUAACAGAGGACUCCUCUCGACCCAUAAGCCUCAAGGAAGAAAAUAUCGACAGCCUUUUCCGCAGCAGUUGCCAGAGUAUGCACGAUAUUUUAAACUCCGAUACAGACGUCGUUGAACUAAGUGAACUUACAAAAGUAGUGAACCCAAAUAUCGACUCGGCUCUUAUUUGUGACUCAUAUCACCAAGAAAACCCGGAGCAGGCCCAAUACCAAGCCGACUCCUCGGGUCAUAUACAGCGACCACUUUUGGUAGCCACAAAUUUAAAAGAAAUUGAUCAUCAAGCCACACAACUUCAGCCAAUUUCUGAAGAAGAAAAUGCAAUUGGUGAUCACAUGGUGAAUGCAGAGACUGAUGAUCCUCAACCGCCGAAGCAUCUCAUCCACAAACCAACAUUUGCCGACAACUCCGUUAAGGAAGCUCGUAUUGUAAGCACAACCAAGAUGGCGGUCAGUCCAAAUCCAAAUGAGGUAGAUGCUUCGCUCGUGAUACCGCCAAAAAUGUUGAAAUCCGCGUCUUUUACUGCACCGAGUAAGUCGAACGAAGGCAACAUGACGUCUUCUAAGUCCACCACAAGAUCGGCAACAAAUGUCCGCGCACUGCAGACUCCUCUCACUCAACAACAGCGGCGGAAGGUGAGACGCAGACCCCCUGGCAACAAAAAUGGGCACGGCCAUCGCGUUUCGGCUGUGGAAGCAUCCAGGGAGGAUAUCAUAGAAGUCGUUGCCGCUAUGAAAGUAUCGCUGGACUCAAACAAAAUCGCUCAGGAGAAAAGCAACGAAAGGCGUGAAACCAAUUCCGUCAAGGACGCCCUUGGCGACGCUGUAGCUGUGUACGACUGUGAGGCGAGGCAUGAAGAUGACGUCACAGUCAAAGUUAGUGACGUCGUCACGGUGCUAAACAAGGACGAUCCUGAUUUGCUAUUUGUAGAGAAACGCGCUGGUGCCAAGGAAGAGGGUUUUGUGCCGAAAAACUUCCUUCAACAAAAACCGACCUCAGAUUUUCAUCGAAAAGCCAGUGAUAACAACUCAGAUAUGUCCACUGUAGAAGUUGAUGAAUCCGUCGACACGAUCCUUGAGAAAACAGAGCUGAAUUGUCAAGUUGGAAAUUCCCAAUCCAAAAACGUCCCUCAACAAAAACUUGCCACAUUUGUUCCAGCCAAUCAAAUCCUUUCACCUUGCCAAGCAAUGAGCCAAUCAGGUGACAUUUCUUCAGUAGAAUGGAGUGACCAAGUAAGUUGCGCAGAAGCCCGUAGUCUGCAUCAUCAUUCUUCAAGCCAAUCGAAGAUCAGGAAAUGUGGAAGAAGUCAUGCUGGUGUGCCUAAUCGCAAGUUUAACACCAACAUUAGGAGCGGGACAAACGCUGUUCUGAUUGAAACGUAUGUAGUGGUGAGUGAUUAUACAGAACAAGAUGAGGACGAAGUGAGCGUGGUGGAAGGAGAAAUCGUGGUGGUGAACUCGGACCAGCAGCAUGAGAUGGACUGGAUGUGGGUAUAUGUACCUCGGACGGAGAGGUUUGGAUUUGUGCCUGCAUUCAGCGCCAGACCGUUAGGUUUUCAUUUCUCAGACGUGUAAUUACAUAUGUACAUGCCUUUUUAAAACACAUGUAAUGCAACACAUUGUACCACUGUGGUUUCAUGUUCUCAAAGUUUCAGUAAAACGAAUGUAACUUAGCUAUUGGUGUUUAUGUGUUUCGUGCAAAUACUGAAGUGGACUUUUAAUAAACAUGUCAAGAUUGGAGUUUGAUGAAGAGGCCAUCCAUUUUCCAACAUUUUCAUGACUAUGUACAUAUGCUUUUGAUAUAUAUCAAUAAUGACUAUAAUACAAAAUAAAAAAAUCAUUUUCCCUUUUUUUGUACUCCUUAGGCAGGAAGUCCGACUCCAGAAAAUAGUACAGUCGAACUGCCUCAUUAAUAAGAGGUUGUUUGGACUUGGAUAAUCACCUUAUUAUAAUAGGCACCUUGUAUUAUGAGGAAUAAAAACAAUGAAAACAAAGGAUCGGGACCCCAAAAUUUCCUUGUUCUAAGCAGAAUCUUGUAUUAACAGUGCUCGUCUUAACGAAGUUUGACUGUACACAUGUACAUGUACCCUUAAUGCUCGAUAUAAAAUAUAUAUAUAUAAUAUAUGGCCCCCUGAUGUCGAGAGAUUGAAUGAGGACAGCAAGCAAGGAUCAAAGUACCUAAAUUAACAUAGAGUAAUACUCUAGAUUUAAUUUUCCUGAUAGAACAUUUUCAUUGCACAACUUACACAGUUUUGUUAAACAAGGAAGUUCGUUCUUAAUUUUUUUUUUACCGUAUCCUACGCAAUAAGAUUUAAAACAUACAUGUUUUAAUAUUCACAAUGAGUAAUCAACAAAAAUUCAUCGUUGUCUAAUUUGCAUUGACGUAAAAGCAAGAUUACCAUAAACAUGUAUAUGUAUAUCGUGUACAUAUAUUUGCAAGUUAUAUUUAGGCUGCUUCCGAAUCCGUUGUCUAGAGCUAGGUCUAGGUCUUCACUCCAUUGAAAGUACGUGGAGACGCGUAGACAAUAGACCUAGCCGUAGCUCUGGAAGCCGGUUUCGGACACGGCCUUACACUACUAACGAUGUCAUCAUUCUACAUCUAUAGAGCCUUUUGCGGUGAUUUGAUGUCAAAGAUUCCAUCAAAUCAAAUACUACGCACGAGACAUUACUGUAUUUACUAUGGCGUGGAUCCCCAUAGGAGGGAUAUACUGUAUUCCCACUUGUUGUUCAGGAGAUGAGGUAUACAGUUAAACCUCGACGACAAAAGUGGUGUUCGUACAACAUCCUGCAUAAAACAAGGAAUGUUUUAUUGUUUGUCUUCCAAUAUUGACGAUCAUGUUUCAACAAGUAUAUUCGUAACGUCCCAGCACCUUGUUAGAAUAUUUGACUACAUGUAUAUAGAAAUUGACAAUGAAAUGAGACGAUGGACAUUUUAACUGUUUAUACUUCAAUAUACAUUAUAUCGUUCGUAAUAUAUGUAUUUUUCUCAAUAAAUAAUACACGUAUUCAGUUACCGUUUAUACGCGCAGUUAACGUGCAUAUGCAAUUAUACAUUAAAAAAAUUAAAAGUAGCGAUUCCAAUUAUGUGCAGCUCAAAGUUAAUUAUCUUUUACUACCUUUUUCUGUGUGUAUUGUUCAAAACAUGUUUGUAGUAUUUUCAUAAAUAUGUCAAAUAACAAUACUUUAAUAAUACAUAUAUAUAGCAAAUAUCUUAGAAUCAUUCAUAAAUAAUGCAAACAUGGACACUUACGAGAGAUAGAAGUAUCAUUUUAUAAAGGUAGAAUGGUUGAUGGAUGUACUUAUUUUGAAUGAUAUUAAGCAGAUUUGACGGUUUGGUUUUAAAUUAUGUUGUCAUUACAGCUGUGAUAUAAUCGGUCGAAAUACAAAUUCUUAAUUUUGGGAUACAAUGCUCAGAUAAUCAUUAUUGCAAAGGUAGACAUAUUUGGAGCAAUGUGUUACAGGUUUACACCCCACAUGUCGAAUUUCGUUGAAAUGCGUAAGGGUAGGCCUUCCUGUAAAGUUCAGUCGAUGACUUUGAACCCACAUGGUCAUGAGUGUCGAUUGGCUUAAACGCCAACUGUGCGUUGAACUUGCUUGAAAUGCAGCAUUGGUUGACCGUGCUAAUAAACGGGCGUCGUUGUACGACUUUCCACUCGACAUAUAUCUUGCCAACUACAUUGCAGAAGUCGAUGUCAAAGGAUUUAGGGGGGGGGGGCUUUGAGGGAAAUGGGACCCGAGAGUAAUACGCCGCGAAUUGCAAUAUGGCGACUUGUACAAACCGACUUAGAAAUAAAAAUUCUGAUGGAAAUGCAUCAGAGACGAUCGGGACUUUCGUAAGACUGCCGACUUGGGCAAUUUGCCUAUUCAUCAACAACUGUUGACUCAACUACAGCAUAAACCAAAUUGUGCUGCAUGCCUCAUAACACGAACCAAACGCUUCUCGCACAUAAUGGCCACUCUUCCACUAGCUUCCCAUCAAUUAUAAAAUCAUGUACAAACCAAUGCUUCUAACGUAUCGCUCACUACAUAACACGUCUCCCCCACACUCCUGUCUCCAUACAAUUCCGGUCGUUCAGGUCUCCGGUCUGCUAACCAGCAUCUUUCGGCAGUACCGAGAUCGUUCUAAUCCUGGGAAACACAUCAUUCCGUAUCGCUGCCCCACGUCUAUAAAAAAUACAUGUAGUCUCCCCUUGAACAUGCAGUCCAGCACAUCUCUCAGCUCUUUCAAAACAGAACUCGAGAGAUACUUUUAUAACCUUGCUUUCGGCGCCAGCUUGUAAGCAAAUAUAUAUUUUUUUCUCUGUACAUAUUAACUGCAAUUAAUUUACUUUCACUUUUGUAGCGCCAUGAGCGCCUUUUUCUCAGGUGAAUUUGUGCGUUUUAUAAAUGCUCUUCUUAUUAUGUGCGCGAUAUUGACAAUUUAUGUAGCCGAAAGCUACAGUACUUUUAUUUCCAACGUAUCCACUGUCUUAGUGGGCGUGGUCUCAGUUUCAAGGAUGUCACUGUAACGAGGGAGCUACGCCAAAGAGAUAGGCCUAGGCCUACUGAAGAGGUGAUUUUUGUAAAGUUUCUUUUAAGUUAGUGGUAUCGUGAUGACAAUAU